CCAUAAUCUAUAUCCAUUGUUUCCUCUUGAAUAAAAAGCCUACCGAAUGAAAAACCAUAAAUUUCCACUCUCCAAAGUCUCUCGUCAAAACCUUCGUCCGCAAGCACUCCUCUCCCUAAUCUGUGUUCCAGAUCCAAAUACAUUGUUGAAUUCGCGCACCUAUACGUACAUAUUCGUAUUGCUCUUGCGAGAUUGAAGGACUAUGGGCGGAGUGCCAUCGACGCCGCGAUUAGGGGGCGGAGAGCAGCUGCCGGAGAAGGCGGAGAGCUUAAUUGGGGCGUUUGUCGGUGAGAAAUCAUUUCCACUUACCUCGGAUUACUGGCAGAAGCUUCUAGAGCUUCCAUUCGAUCUUCGCUGGCCUUCUAAUCGCGUUAACCAAGCUUGCCACCUAUUCGCAAUAAACAAUUGCAAUACGAGGCACCUUGCAAAGAUUUUGAUUCACCUAGCAUGGUGCUUGCAGGAGUGUGUUUCUGCAUCUGGGGUGGCAUCUCCAGCUAUCUCAAAAGCUCUCAAUGCACUAUUUCUAUUAUCUGUUUUUCUAAAGUAUCUGAUUGAGAAUGCUAAGAGUGAUAACUUUGAAGAACUAUGCCUAUCUAUAGAUGAAUCUGAGCCAAUGCCAAAUAAUUUCUCCAGAGCAGGUGAAGAUGUUGGAAACCUCAUUAUGUACAGUGCGUUUAACUUUAUUGCCAAAGUUGAUAUUAGUCCUAGAACAUACCUUCUGCAUUAUGAGCUGCUUAACUUCAUGCUGAUUGCCAUGUCAACUCAACUUGUCUCUGGGCCAUCACCAGGACCGAAUGAUGCACACCCUUUCAUUGACGCAGCAAUGGCUCAGGAAACUUCUUUGGUUGAUUCAGUUGUGCACAAGUUAUUGCUCAAUUACAUCAUACACCCUGGGGCUCCAUUAAACAGUUCAAUUUAUACCAUAUUUUCUGAAGAAAAUCAACUAGGUGUUCUGAGAAGAGUUGGCUCUGCAGCUGCAAACUUGAUGCUAUUGCCCUUUAAUUACUUAGUCAGCUCAACUGGUGAAGCUUCAAGAAGUCCACUGGCAGAAAACAGUCUUAAUGUUUUGCUUAUUCUUUGUCAUUACCAUAAAUGUAUUUCGGUGGACUAUGUGAAGGAUAAAAGUCAAAACAGCAGUUCACAGUCUCUGCCUAAGGAAGAGACAUAUUUUUCGGAGAACCCUUUCUGCAGAGCAGUCGAAAAUGUUCGGGAUAUUGAAUUUAAUCGCGUUGAUAUUGAGGGCAAUGCACAUAAUGGUCUGCUUGUGAGGCUACCUUUUGCUUCUCUAUUUGAUACUCUUGGCAUGUGCUUGGCUGAUGAAAGAUCUGUUUUGUUGCUUUAUUCACUGGUGCACGGAAAUUCAUGUUUUCUGGAGUAUGUUUUGGUGCGAGCAGAUAUGGAUACACUGUUGAUGCCCAUGUUGGAAACGUUAUAUAAUUCUCCGAAAAGGACGGCCAAUCACAUUUAUAUGGUGCUGAUUAUUCUUCUUAUACUAAGUCAAGAUUCCUCUUUCAAUGCUAGCGUCCACAAACUGAUGCUGCCUAAUGUGCCAUGGUAUCAAGAACGUCUUCUUCAUCAAACUUCUCUUGGUUCCCUCAUGAUCAUAAUUCUAAUUAGGACUGUGAAAUAUAACCUCUCUAAGCUGAGGGAUGUCUAUCUUCACACAAAUUGUCUUGCAACUUUGGCAAAUAUGGCACCACAUGUUCACCGCCUGAGUGCAUAUGCAUCACAGCAGUUGGUUAGCCUUUUUGAUAUACUUUCACGCAAGUACAAUAAAUUCGCAGAAGUUAGAAAUGAUGAGAUGAAAAUGGCAGAUGGUGAUCUCCAAGGAGACAGCCUUCCAGAGGAUCCGUCAUCAGAACUGCACAUAUAUACUGACUUCCUGAGACUUGUGCUGGAGAUACUAAAUUCAGUCCUAACUUUCACAUUACCUAGAAAUCCAGAGGUUGUUUAUGCAAUUAUGCACAGACAAGAAGUCUUUCUACCAUUCAAGAAUCAUCCACGUUUUAAUGAGCUGUUAGAAAACAUAUAUACCGUUUUGGAUUUCUUCAAUAGCCGUAUGGAUGCUCAUAAAAUGGACGAUGAAUGGUCAGUGGAAAAAGUGCUUCAAGUCAUAAUAAACAACUGCCGAUCAUGGAGAGGUGAAGGCAUGAAGAUGUUUACGCAAUUACGCUUUACCUACGAACAAGAAAGUCAUCCCGAGGAGUUCUUCAUUCCAUAUAUAUGGCAGUUGGUAUUGUCUGGCAGUGAUUUCUCUUUCAAUCCCAGCAGCAUAAAUUUAUUCCCAGUACCUGUAGAAGAUAUAGAUGACGGGGUGAAGCUGGAGAAGCUCCAAAGUGUUGGGCCAAAAGAAAAUGCAUUUCAGGUGUAGAGCCGUAGUCCACCUGAAGACAUCAGGUUAAUGUACAUACACACAGAAGAGUAGAAAAUUUCUCGAUUCGUUUAUAUGUUUAUAUAUCGUGAGUGUAUAGGCUUUUUUUGUUUUGAUUAUCUAAUUAAUGGGAUAUAUGUAAAUGUAAUGAAUAAGAGAAGAUUCUCAAAUUCGCAGUAUAUGUUCUAGAGAAAUCAACCAGACGCACAUCCAACUAGUAGGGGCUGUGAUCCCAAUUAGGCAUUUUGAAGUUUGCCAUGAAGGCCGUACUCACAAGAGUACAUAUGUAACCUAUACACCAUAUCAACAGUAUGAUCUGACUGAUUUAAUUUCAUGCACAUUAUGCCUUUUUCUUUUUCUAGUAGAA